ACUUUUUAUAGCUACGCUUGAGUAUGAUUUCAUACAUCACCUGUUUAUCAAGUAGACGUGACGUCGUAGUUACUUUAAUUCGCAAAUGAAUGAGGGCGAAUGAAGAUUCAAAAUCUGCGUUAGUUCCACCAGCAGACGUUUCCCCCUUCCUCUGCAUUUCGCUGGCCACUUCGCUGCCGCCAUGAGGGGGUCCAUCUCCCAGUGUUUCCUGGGUUCAAAUGUCUACGCAGAGGUACCCGAAGGUGGCUGGGGCUGGGCCAUAGCUGUCGCUUUCUUUGUGGUGGAAAUUUGCACUUAUGGGAUCCUCAAGAGCCUGGGGAUCUUUCUUCAGGAUCUGAUGAAGGAAUUUAAGGAGAGUAACAGUCGGGUUUCAUGGGUCAUCUCCAUUUGUGUCUUCAUCUUCACGUUUACCGCCCCUCUGUCCACCAUUUUGAGCAACCGCUUUGGUCAUCGCCCUGUCGUAAUGACAGGGGGCUUCCUCGUCAGCUUGGGAACCAUCACCUCCGCCUUUACGAACUCCAUCAACGAGAUGUACAUCACUAUUGGAAUCGUCUCAGGCCUCGGCUACUGCCUCACCUUUCUUCCCACCGUCACAAUUCUUUCCCAGUACUUCUCCAGGCGACGAGCCCUUGUCACAUCUAUUUCUUCUUCUGGAGAAUCCUUCGCCAUCUUUGCAUUUGCUCCAGCCUUCAUGAAGCUGAAGGAGCACAUUGGAUGGCGCUACUGUUUCAUCAUCCUAGGGAUUUUUCAGUCUUCUAUUAUCGGUUGUGGCCUUCUUCUUCGUCCAAUAAACCUCCGGCCAGAUGUUGAAAAGGAGGAUGUUGAAGUAGUAGAGUCACUUUCCCUAAAGCAUCUUCGGGAGCUUUUUGAGUUGGAAAACGAACAAACCAGAACCUCCAUCAGUUCAGAGGUUUCUCACGGUUCUGAGGACUCAGGUGUCACUUCCCUCUCUGCCUCAAAUGUGGAUUUGGGGGUUGCAGGAGUGGAAGUCAAGGCAGAGUGGGAACAGCAGGACAAAGGGGACCAGGAACAGUCUUUGUCUAAGCCUGACUCCCCAUCCGAGGUGAAUAAUGAGAAGAACAUGUCUGUUCCUCCUGAACAACCCAGAUCCAAACUGCUGGAUUUCUCUGUUUUGAAAGAUGGUGCCUUCAUUUGCUACUCACUCUUUGGCUUGUUCGCUACAUUGGGCUUUUUUGCACCUCAGCUUUACGUUAUCGAACUGAGUAAAAGCCAUGGCGUGGAGCCCGGCAUGGCAUCCUAUACGCUCAGUGUGAUGGCAGUAGCGGAGAUCUUUGGCCGUCUGUCUAUUGGGGUCCUGCUGGACAGAGUAACUUGCCGAAAGACACUGGUGUUACUUUGGUGUGUUGUUUUUUUGUGUCUGGUGCUGGUGGCCUUCACUGUCGUAUGGGAAUUCUGGGGCCUGGUGCUCUGCUGUGCUGUCUACGGCUACUUUAUGGGUACGGUGGGCUCAACACACAUCCCCAUGCUGGCAGAGGAGGAUGUGGUGGGCAUCCACAAAAUGGCAUCGUCUGUCGGAGUGUAUGUGUUUAUUCAGAGCUUUGCUGGACUUGCUGGACCACCACUUGGAGGUGUGUUGGUGGAUAUUACAGAGAACUACGGUGCUGCCUUCUACUCCUGUGCUGUUGGGAUGGGGCUCGGUGCUAUCUGCCUUGCUCUGCUUGGUCCAAUCAAGUCUGGCAUGUGCCAAAAACAGAAAGAUGACUUUGUGGAGAAAGAGGUGAAAACUUCCCAGGACAACGACCAGCCUGACUUUUUGGAGGUGGACAUGGCAGUGGAGGACACUCCCAUCAAAAAGCCCAUGGAUGGAGACGAUGCUUGUGUAAUAUGAACCCAGAUUGAUGAGUCAUAAUAAUAAAAAUACAAGUCCAAACAGGAUGUGGGAUUUCCAUCACCUAUCUACAACUGCUGCUUGUUUCCAAUCUCAGGUGUCACUCACUCUGACAAGCUUGAAGGUCACACCUAAAGGAGACCAAAGACAACCAUGCUGAGCACAUAGUUUCAAACCUUAGCAUUAAAUUAGUUUCACAAGCCUCUCUUUGUAACUUUCAACAGAACAAUUACAUUAUAGCGCCAAAUCAUAAUAUAAGUUGUCUCAGGGCACUUAACACGUGGAUCAGGCCUAGAACCACGCUGCCACCUCUUGAGAUAUCACCUGAACCCUGCAUGAGUAAACACCACUAAAAGUGUGACACGACACAAUUUGCUCAAUCCCUACUUGUGUUCUGCAUGUCUGUGAUCAUUAAAACUCAGAUGUUGGUGCACUUUAGACUGAAGAAUAAAACAGCACCUCAAAGUCUUGUAUUAGUCUAACCACCUGAGUGUAUAUGAUGCAAUGAGAAUGCAAAAUAUGAACUGAAACAGUCGUACAUCUCUGCAAUAUUGCAUCACAUAAUAAUUGACAGAAUCAGGGAGGUUCUACUCAUCUUUAAACUUGCUUCAUGGGAUCCUGAAGGCAGUGAGUGUUCUUUUCCAAGAUUUCGCACAAGCCUUACAAACUUCACCUCAUUUGUUAUUUUCGCUAGAGGCAUUGAUUUUAUCUGUACAUGUGUUGUUCAGAUCCUAUUUAUUUCCAGUAAAUACCUUGUUACACAACUGCAUUUUUAUUGGAAAAAUGAUAAUAAACUGAAGUAAGUUGUGUUUACAGUAUUGUAGACACUUAUGCAAUGGUGAAUGAGAUGGGUAUGUACUAUAAUGUGGGGGUGUAGGUGUGUGUGUGUGUGUGUGUGUGUGUAAGGGGUCUGCCAAGAAAAAGAUUAAGCCCAUCCUUUUGUAUGGCAGUCUCACAUGGAUUUCACAUGCUCACUUGAAAUUUAGUUGAAAAAUCCUCCAGUAGUUGCUGUUUACCUUUUGUUUACACUCUAAAUACUUUGAAUGAUUUUGUACAUUUUUGUGUAAGUUUUUUUAAACACUUGGACAGCAGUUGCCUGUUAAGUUUCACAUAUGUUGUGUUUUUCAAAUUGCUCUCAUGUUUUAAAAAUAAAAAACAGCAAAUUGACAAUGUUUUGGUGGGUGUGCUUAUACGGUAUAUGGACCCAUUAAAAAACGGUACCGAUACCACUCGUGUUUAUAUGAAGAGCUACAUACAUGCUGUAUGAGCCAUUGUGUCUAUUAGUGUUGCGUUUGAUUAUGUUAAACUAUUUCUUUUGUUUAGGAGCCUCAUUAGCUUCCUUUGCUUAGUAUAUGGCUGUCUAUUUGUGUUCCUAAUUGGUAGGUGUGGGCGUGGUUUUAGGUAAUCAGCCUUUGACACAUUUCAGCUGUUUAUGCCUGCUUAAAUGGGGCUGUCAGAAGGAGCCACGUCAGUUGGACACACAGAGCGAGGGGGUUAGCUGGCUCAAGGCAUAUUUUCUGUUGACCGUUGUUUCACUGCUGCAUGUUGUUGUUUAGUUCUGUUUAUUUGAUUUAGAAACCACAAGUAUUGUGUGAAUUUUGAGUUGGAAUAAACACCUUAAACUAGUGAUGGUGAGAUGAAGCCUCAUGAGGCAUUGCACCACUUGAGCCAAAUGGUUGGAGAAAGGGUUCAUUUCUUGGAGCUUCAUGUGUCCACGGACCCACCCACUGACUAACUGUUUAAUCACAAUCACUUGUCUCCCAACCACAUGAGGGAUUUGUUAAUUUUUUGUGUGUGUGUCUAUUGGGAAGGUAUUAUUUAGCAAAAUAUUGUCUGACCAAAUCCUCGAUGUACAUAGAUUGUCACAUAUAAGUAUAAUGUAUAUAUUUUUUCUUCAACUUUCUUUUCAUUGUUUUCCAGUCACAGAAGUUAAAUUUGGCAAACAUCUUCAGCAAUGGGAUCAAACUCAUAACCUGAGUGACCAUGGUGUAUGGGGGGGCAGUACCCCUGAAUCAUAAAAAAAAAAGGACCUAUACAGAUGAAACAAAAACGCACACAUAAACAGCACCUCAGAGUCAUAAAAUACAGUGCCUUGCAAAAGUAUUCGGCCCCCUUGAACCUUGCAACCUUUCACCACAUUUCAGGCUUCAAACAUAAAGAUAUAAAAUUUUAAUUUUUUGUCAAGAAUCAACAACAAGUGGGACACAAUCGUGAAGUGGAACAAAAUUUAUUGGACAAUUUAAACUUUUUUAACAAAUAAAAAACUGAAAAGUGGGGCGUGCAAUAUUAUUCGGCCCCCUUGCGUUAAUACUUUGUAGCGCCACCUUUUGCUCCAAUUACAGCUGCAAGUCGCUUGGGGUAUGUUUCUAUCAGUUUUGCACAUCGAGAGACUGACAUUGUUGCCCAUUCUUCCUUGCAAAACAGCUCGAGCUCAGUGAGGUUGGAUGGAGAGUGUUUGUGAACAGCAGUCUUCAGCUCUUUCCACAGAUUCUCGAUUGGAUUCAGGUCUGGACUUUGACUUGGCCAUUCUAACACCUGGAUACUUUUAUUUUUUUUUAACCAUUCCAUUUUAGAUUUGGCUUUUUGUUUUGGAUCAUUGUCCUGUUGGAAGAUAAAUCUGCGUCCCAGUCUUAGGUCUUGUGCAGAUACCAACAGGUUUUCUUCCAGAAUGUUCCUGUAUUUGGCUGCAUCCAUCUUCCCGUCAAUUUUAACCAUCUUCCCUGUCCCUGCUGAAGAAAAGCAGGCCCAAACCAUGAUGCUGCCACCACCAUGUUUGACAGUGGGGAUGGUGUGUUCAGGGUGAUGAGGUGUGUUGCUUUUACGCCAAACAUAUCGUUUUGCAUUGUGGACAAAAAGUUGAAUUUCUGUUUCAUCUGACCAGAGCACCUUCUUCCACAUGUUUGGUGUGUCUCCCACUGUAUAUAGAUGAUAUUCUUUUGAUAUGGUCUGGAUCGGAGACAGAACUUUUUCAGUUUCAUACAUAUUUAAACAGUAGUAAUAGCAAUUUGAAACUUAGUCUAUUCUUUGACUGAAAUCCAUUUUCUUGACUUGAAAAUCUUUAAAGAUGGUAAUGGGGAUUUGCCUACCUCAAUAUUUAGAAAAUUAACAGACUGCAAUACAAUUCUUAGAGCGGAUAGUUUCCACCCGCCUUGGCUGAUAGAUAAUAUACCUUUUGGUAAAUUUCAGCGACUUAAACGUAUUUGUGACUCAGAAGAUGAUUUUGAAAGAAAUGCUCAGGAGAUGAGUCAAAGAUUUAAGAAAAGAGGAUAUAAACACAAGACUAUUAACACAGCAUAUAAUAAAGUAAAAAGUGUCACGAGAGAACAGCUACUGGUUAAAAAACAGAGGCAACAAGAAAGUUCCAAUCAUGUGUAUUUUGUGACACAAUAUAGCAACAAAGCAAAUGAAAUUUUAAAAAAUUAUUGAAAAAACUAGGACAUAUUGAAAUGUGAUAGUUUACUCAGAGAGGCACUUCCGGAUCUUCCAACUAUUAGUUUCAGGAGAGCUCCAACACUUAACGAUAAUCUUGUAAAGAGCCAUCUCCCCCCUGUACAACAGAAAACCUGGUUGAGUAUUAGGCUCGAGCGUAUGACGUGGCACUCGCGAGGUUUCCGCCGCAAUCGUCAUCUUGGAAGCGAAAAACAAACUGAGGCAUUUCAACACAGGUCGCUAUUUAAAAAUGGUUGGGAAUUAUUGUUCGGUCAAGAACUGCAACAACAGAUCAAAUAGAAAGGAGAAUGCACAGCUCGACGGAACCCCAUUGAGAUUUUUCCGGAUCCCUAAAUGGAGAAAAGGCGAGGGAAAGGUCAUAUCGGAACUUACCAAACGUCGAAGAAUGGCAUGGGUGGCCUCCAUUAGAAGGAAGGGCAUAACGUUUGAUUGUCAAGCUACACACAGAGUUUGCUCUAUGCACUUCCACUCCGGUAAGUUAAUUUCGUUUGUCUACGCAAAUUUCUGGAACUUUAUGCCCUAAGUCGGCCUGUUGUUAGCUAUCGCUACAGCUAAAAAGCUAGCAUGCAUGCAUGUGCAUUGUCUUCAUAAGACAUACUUCCUGUCGUUUCUAAAUGAAAAACCUGUAAUAUGUUGCAGUUAGAGAGAGGCAAAGAAUUUGUACACAGGCUACAUUGUCUGCAACAAAAAAUUAGUAUGUCCGUGGUCACAGACUGUUUUCUCUAUGUUGUUCAUUGUUUACAGGUAAGCCAUCCUUUGAAAUGCUAGAGAACCACCCAGAUUGGAAACCGUCAUUGCGGUUGGGCCACGGUGAAGUGCAGGUGACUGAUAAGGCAAGAUUUCAGAGGCUUAUAAGUCGCAGACAGGCCUGGCCAUCCCCUCCUGCUGCCACACGAUCCGAUUUGGACCAGCCACCCUCUCCUCCUUCAGCGCACACUGGCAUGGACCAGCCACCUUGUCAUGUUGCCACACAGACAGACAAGGACCAGCCACCCUCUCCUGCUGCAACGCACGCAGGCAUGGACCAGCCACCAGUCUGUGUGUUGUGUAAACCAAGGCAAAACACGAUAAACAACCUUUUGGUAGAAAACCGGCUGUUGAAAGAAGAGUUGAAUGAUUAUAAGCUUAAUGAAAAUUUCCUGAAAAAUGAUGACGAAAAAGUGAGGUACUAUACUGGACUACCAACUUUGGCAGUUUUACAGUUUUUAUUUGCACAACUUCUUCCUUUUCUUCCCCUUAAUAAGCGAAAGCUGCCACCCUUCCAGUGUUUUCUCAUCACUCUAAUGCGUCUAAGGUUAGAUCUUCCUUUGCAACAUCUCGGCUACCUAUUUCGUGUCCACAGAACAACAGUCAGUGUCAUCUUUCAGCAAACAUUAGCUGUUAUGUAUUCACGUCUCUCUCCAUUAAUUCAUUGGCCAAGCAGAGAAUGUUUAAUGGACAGUAUGCCACACCAAUUUGUUGAGUCUUUUGGUAAUCGUGUCGCUGCAAUUGUGGAUUGUUUUGAAAUUUUUGCAGAAACACCAUCCAAUCUGCAUGCCAGGGCACAGACAUUCUCACACUAUAAACAUCAUCACACAAUGAAGUACCUGAUAGUUAUAACCCCGCAAGGUGUGAUAUCGUUUAUAUCUAAAGGGUGGGGGGGGGCGCACUAGUGACAAGAACAUAACAGAAAAAUGUGGUUUUCUUGACAAAUUGUUACCAGGGGACAUUGUGUUGACAGAUAGAGGUUUCAAUAUCAAGGACAGUGUGGGUAUGAUGUGUGCGGAAGUGAAGCUCCCUGCAUAUACAAGAGGUCGUGCACAACUUGACGCAAAGGACGUAGAAGAGACCAGACGCAUUGCCCACCUCCGAAUACAUGUGGAGAGAGUAAUUGGUGUUGUACGUAACAAGUACAGUAUUUUGCAAACUGUUGUGCCAAUUAGUAUGUUGCUUCCCUUGGAAGGGGAAAAUCUGACAAUGUUAGAUCAAAUGGUAACCGUUUGCUGUGCCUUAACUAAUAUUUGUAAAAGUGUAGUUUGAUGUGCUUGUAAUGAUUUCCUUUAUUGAAUAAACACUUGAAACUACAAUCCGAAUGACAUGGUUUAUUUUUUAUAUAUUCUGCAACAAAAUGCAAGGUUUACACAGAAAAGGUCAAACAGAAAAAGAGGUACUUUAUAAUAUAGUUGGUAAUAUUUAGAAGAAUUAACAGUGCAAAACAAACACUGCAAACAAUGUUAAAAAAUGUAAAAAUGUUGGCAUAUUGGAACAUAUGUCGUAAAGUUUGUAAAACAAUUAUAAACCGUGCAAAAAACAACAGUGCAAAACUGUAAAGAGGAUAAGAUUCACAAACACAGCAAACAAUGCUAAAAAUGUAAAAAUGGUGGCAUUUUGAAACAUAUAGUAUAAGACAACGGUUUGCAUUUGUGUUGCCUACAGAUAGCAUACUGUCAGUCAUUUAUGCAUGAUGGGCAAAACCAUACUGUAUCAGCUGGAGGUGUGUCGACAAUGCCUACACAUUGAAAGUGGAACCACUGGACAGAGCAGCUGGUGUUGUCGCAAGCAACCAUCUCCCCAUGCUCAGGUCUGUGACAAAGACACCAUUUUGUCUUUCUGGUCUUUGAUGCCCGGUUUUCUUUACCUGGACGACGCUUCCUUUUGUGUGAUACAUCCGCUGGCUCUUGCUGUUUGGUUCCCCGCGCUUUGGUGGGUACACAUUUCGUAUAGUACUGUCCCACCAUUUCAGGGAGACACACCUUUAGAAAAAAGUCUUGUGCCUUCUGGAGGCGGGGUAGCCAAAAGUCUUUGUCUGGAGCAAUGCGAAGGACCACACAGUCUUUGAGUGUCCACACAACAAAGUCACAAUAUGAGCUCUUGGUCACAAAAAUCUGAGUUUGGACUUGUGUAUAAUAGGGGUGUCCAUUCUUCAAACAGAGCUGCCCGUCCUGCAAGUGCAGGCAAAAGUUCUCAUUGUUGGCAGCACAGGCAUCAAGAAUUGUACUGUCCUUGUACAUAAAAGGGCACUUCACUUCAACGCAGCCUUUCCCACAGCAUGUGCAGUUCACGAUGGCAUCCGGUGAUGCACCUAUCUGUGGGAAGUCUGGAUUCACAAAAAAGCCACAUUCCACCACACUUUGAUGCACAUGCUGGCUUUCGGUUUGACCAAUGUAGGCAUCUUUGGCUACUCUCUCCUGACAGGUACCCCACUGUGUGGCUGUUGUUUUUAAACCACGGACAGGGUAGCAAACCUUCUUCACUGUGGAAAUGGCUGGCGAUUCAAUGUUGGUUGCAAAAACACUGUGCAUACAAGAUGCCGUGAUGCGCCCUUCACGGGCAGUAAACCAACUGGCAUUUGUUUGCUGGCCCCUUGUUCUCCUCUCAAUGUGUUGAGCCAUGUCUUCGGAAACAUCUGCAACGUUGCUAAUAGCCAGGCUGUGCUUCCGCAAGGCAGACAAGUCCUCAAUGUCGACAAAUUCCCUAUGUGCAUUACAAAGUGUUUUGAUGCCCCUGAUUGGCAGAAUUGGGUCUCUAUACAUUUUGGAGUGUGGCGACACAACACGUAAAAUGCCAGCAGCAGGUUGCACUUGGUGGAGGCCCUCAUAAAACUUCACCAUUUCUUCGUGUGUUGGUAUUGGUGGGCGUUUUGCUGAUGUGCGGCUCCUCAAUGGUGUCCCUUCGGCAUCACCAUGUAUGGCGUCAUUUACGGACCUUCUCCUCAUGGCAGCAGAUGAGAAAUUGAUGUGAUGCCCAACCUCAGGGGUUACUUUGUUGAUGUUUUGGGGCAAUUUCCAGUAGGCUGCAGUGUCUGUAACUGUGGCUUGUCUUUUCACUCGCACACACGCUUCAAUUUUAAAAAGUAGUGCACCAACAUGCGUGCAGGACUCAGCCACACCUGCCAUGCAUGUGCAGUAUGCUGAAAGGACUUGCCCAUCUGGUGCCAGGAUAACCCAUGGAAUUAAUGGUGGCUGACUCGGACGCUGUGAGUGCAUAACCUGGGCAGAAGCAAAAAAGGAAAUUUAAAAGGUUAGUAGAGGGUCAGACAAUGGAGACAACGGACAAUGCAAAUCAGGAUAAAAAUGGAGUAAGCCAAUGUUGUGCAAUAACUUUUUCCUUUGCAAAUACAUAAUGGCUUGCAGUAGGCCAACUGAGAAAGCAAGGUAAGUCUGUUUUCUAAAACACAGCAUUGAUUUGUCACUUAACUAUCACAACUCAGCACAGCACAAAUUCAGAUGUUCAUGAUAAUGAAAAUGUAAACACAUAUUUACCUUGGCAAGAACGAUGGUGUUGCCGUUUGCUACGGUCAUUAUGUGCAGGUCCUGCACCCAUCCGCAGCAAAACUGUUCGUAGCUUUGCAGCGAUUUGUAGUUUCGGAAUUGCUGAUGAGUGUAGUAACUCACACCAAAGACCAAAUACAGCGCGAUGUCCAUUUCGCGUAGUGGUGGAAGCUUGUUGACAUCUUUAUUCCAUUUGUGUUCGGGUUGCUCAUAAGGGUCAACAUUGUUCACAUCCUUAAGUUUGCUCACAUAUCUAUCCUUUGCCGUGGUAACAAGUUUGUCCCUGUAUCGAACUGGCAAGUAUUCCUUACUUUUCUCCAUCUUUGGUUGCCGCUAAGUUUAAAUGUCCCGUGACGCUUCCGCAAUGGCUGCGUUGUCGCAAAUCUCGCAUGAUCUCGUGCUGCUGUGACGUAAACGCUCGAGCCUAAUUAGAUCAGGUAACCACAAGUGCGGUAACUGCAAUCAUUGCAGUAACAUGACAAAAACAAAUCUUUUCACCGAUGUUUCAUCAGGGCGUAAAUAUAACAUUAAGUCAUUCAUUAAUUGCAAUACCUCUUUUGUUGUUUACAGACUUAAAGGUCCAUGUGGUCGUUUUUAUGUUGGAAGAACUAAACGCAAAUUGAAGGCCGGAUUGGCUGAACACAAACAAGCCAUAAGAACUGUUAAUCCAUUAUAUCCUAUGGCUCUACAUUAUAAAGAAGCUAACCAUGGCAGUUGCGAUUCAUUAAAAUUUUUGGCAUUGACCACAUCGAAAACUCCAUAAAAGGUGGUGAUAGAUCGACAAAGCUCCUACAGAGAGAAUCUUUUUGGAUAUAUACAUUAAAAGCGACCCAAUAUCCUGGUUUAAAUGCAGAAUUGGACUUUUCUCCUUUUUUUUUAAAGUGUUGGGGCUCCUUGUAUUACGCUUAUUGCCCUUUGUUUUUUCCCCUCAAUGCACUAUAAAUUUUCAGUGUGUCUUGUUUAUCUCUUCUUGCUAUUAAAAAUAAUAUAUGUAGUUAAAGUCAUUUAAAAGUUUGAAAGAGGUCUUUGAGAACAUAGUCAGUCUUGAUAGAAGAUCUAACAUAUACAGUAUCUAUCUUGAAAAGCUAGUUUAAAGUUAACGAUGGAUUAUUAUUGUUGUUGUUGUUUUUCUGCCUUAUAGCCUUUGAUGAUAUUUCAAGUUGAACCACCUGAAAAAAAUAUUUUGAGAAGUCAUCUAUAAAGGUCCUUGGUUGUAUGUAAAAAUUUGCUUUUUUUUUUUUUUUUUUUUUUUUUUCUUCCCUGCUUUUUCUAUUUGUGAUGGUCUGCAAUGAGGAUGUUUUUUUCUCUGCUGCUCCUAAUUGAUCUGCCCUUUGACCCCAAUCAAGUGAAGAGAGUUCACCUGGAUAUGCUGAACUUACAAUUGUUCACUACUUUUAAGAGGUGGUCUGAGCAGAGUCACUGUUUGUCUUGAUGAAGGCCUGCAUGGCCGAAACAUGUCGGCAUUUUUUAAUUAA